AUGCGCUUGAGCCUGUUAAGCCAGGCCGCUGCGGCUGCUCUUGCGAGCGCCUCGACUCUUACGCCCCCAAUUCUACCACUGGUGGUCCGGAAUCCAUACCUCAGCACGUGGGUCCCGUCGCGCCAUGCGCCUUGGGAACAGUGGCCCAUCUUCUGGACUGGGCGCACGGUUGGUUUUUCCGUGCUGGCUGCAGUUCCGGACACGGGCGACGUCUACCCACUCCUCGGUCGACCCCAGGACUCUCUUGGAGGCUCUGGACGUGACUACAACGUGACUUUUCCCGAGUACCUCGGCGCCACUUUCGAUGCUUCCACUACGAACCUCACCUACUUGAUUGCCGCCCCCAAAGACAAAGAUGAGCCUGUCAAGCUUACCUUGUCCUUCCUUUCCCCAAUUACCCCAACAUCCACUCUGAGACAGUCACUACCAGCUGCGUAUUUGACCGUCUAUGCCGAAGGGUCCUUCGACGUAAACUUGUACAUCGACCUGAAUGGGGAAUGGGUUACAGGCAACAGGGACAACGACAUCGAAUGGAGGCUUCAGCAGACCCAAUCCACGACCCGGACGAAAUCAUCCGCCGGCAUAAAGACAUGGAAGGUCAAUCGCCGCACUCAACAGCUUCUUACCGAGUUCGAUGACCGGGCGGAGUGGGGGACCCUGUUCUUUUCCGCACCGGAGGACGUGCAGCACGAGAGCGGUGUCUCGGCCAUCUUGCGCAAGCACUUUUCUGCACGAGGCGAGCUCCGCAACGCGAACGAUGAUAAAUUCCGCAGGAUCAUGGACGAGGAGCCCGUUUUCGCAUUUUCGAAGUCUUUCAAGCUGGGUUCCUCGUCUAAGGCCGCCGGCACCAGUGCACAGAAUAAUGUCGGCACGAAGAGCGGCAGCGUGAGGUUCACCUUCGCUCUGGCUCAAGACCCAGUGGUCCAAUUUGCGGCUGCCAGGGGAUUGACCUAUAUGCGCCCAUUCUGGGCCACCUACUUCCCUGUCGCGGAAGAAAUGGUUGAAUACCAUUACCAGGACUUUGACACUGCGAGUGACUUGGCCAGUAACUACUCACGGCAGCUGGACAUUGAUGCCUAUGCUUCAGGCUCAUCUGACUACCGAGACAUUGCCGCCCUGUCUGCGCGUCAAGUCCUGGGUGCUACCCAAUUUUCGGGCACUCCGGACAACCCGAUUUUGUUCCUCAAGGAAAUCUCAUCGAACGGCAACUUCCAAACCGUGGAUGUCAUCUUCCCUGCUUUCCCAUUCUUCCUGUACACCAACCCCAGGUGGCUGGCCUACUUGCUCGAGCCUCUUUUGGAGCAUAUGGGAAGCGGUCAGUACCCCAACAAGUAUAGCAUGCACGAUCUCGGUUACCACUUCCCCAACGCCACGGGUCACAGUGAUGGUAACGACGAGUACAUGCCUCUGGAGGAGUGUGGAAACAUGCUCAUCAUGGGUCUUGCCUUGGUCAACGCAUACAAAUAUGACACUCAGCCGGCAUUCCUGAACAUGGUGUCUGCGGACAGUGUCGGCAUGGCAAAGGUCAAGGAAACCUCGAUUGUCGAUGAGUACGGCAUGGACCGCGCAUGGGGUCAUGGCCAAGAGGUAGAGACUACUGACCUCAAAGAAGCGCAGAAAUGGGUUCAGAAGUCGUACAAGCUGUGGAAGCAGUGGACUGUCUACCUCAUUGAAGAGGCAUUGGAGCCCAAGAACCAACUGUCCACGGACGACUUUGCAGGCUGGCUCAGCCUACAGACCAACCUGGCGCUGAAAGGCAUCAUUGGUAUUCGAGCCAUGAGUGAGAUCUCGAGCAUUCUGGGCGAGACCAAGGACGCCAAAUACUACCGCGAGAUUGCGGAUGACUACAUCGCCAAGUGGCAGGAUCUCGGCCUCUCCAAGGACAAGCAGUUCCCCAAACUCUCGUAUGAAUGGUAUGGUUCGUGGACCACCAUCUACAACCUGUUCGCGGAUUCCCUCCUUUGCUUCCAUCUUCCGGAGGACUCGAGCGCCUCUGUGCAGGCGCCGCAGUCAUCAUCGGCGAAGUGGCGCUGGUGGCAAUCAAACGAGCAAGCUCCUAUUUCGGACCAGAAAAACUCAACGACUUUCAUCCCAGACUACGUCUACACGCUGGCGAGCGACUGGUACCACAACGUGAUGCAGCAGUACGGCCUGCCGCUGGACAGCCGUCACCUAUACACCAAGAGCGAUUGGGAGUUCUUCGCAGCAGCUGUUACGAGCAGGUCGACACGAACGGAGAUCCUGACAUUGGUGGCGAAGUGGUUGAACGAGACCGUGACAGACAAGCCGUUCACUGAUCUUUAUGAGACGGAGGGAGAGGGCGGAUACCCGGGCGGCCUGGAGUUCAAGGCCAGGCCUGUCGUAGGUGGCCAUUUCGCCUUCCUCGCCCUGGAGCGGGCCUGUGGUGGCAAAGCAACCGAGGCGCUGAGUUUUCUCGAUGCCGAGGAGCCCAAGCAGCUGGAUGUGAUGGGUCUCCUGGAGGAGGAGAGGCUAUUUGGGCUUUCCCGCGCUGCAGAAAUGGAGUUGUAA